CAAAUUUGGUGUCGAUGAUGCAAGACGACAACAGUGUGCAAGGGCUCAAGGACAUCAAAGACCGACUUCGACGUCACCACUGGAUCCCAAAGUACGAAGUCGAGUUUGGCUUGCAAGUUGUGGAGCGCCAUCCGCACACCGGCGAGGUCAUCUUGGCCGUGUGCGGCUUGUGCAAGUCCUUCGGCCGAGAAGUGCGCGAAAAAGAAGACGACGAGGCGUCGUCGUCGCCCAAUCAACGCAAGCGCCGCCGUGGCCUGACCACGACCAAGUACUUCCGAUCGUUCCGGGUGGACAAUAUCCGAAGCCACUUGAGCGGCGCUCAUCCUGUGCGAUGGCAAGAGUACCAAGUGCUGGCAAAGAACGAGGAUUUGCGACGCAACUACCUUGCCCAAUGCAACGUCAACAUGGGCCUGAUGACAUCCCUGCCCAUGAACAUGAUGGGAUUGCCGGGUGGCAUGGACGACGGAGGCGACCUCGACAGCGAGACCCACCUGGCCAUGAACGCCAUCGUCCAGCAAUCCACGCGCCAGUCCACUCCGAACAAGCGACCUGCGUCGUCUAUGCCUGGCUCAUUUUCUGGCAAUCGCCCACCCCCUCUCGAUCCCAAGACCAUCGAACUGCAAAAGUACCAGUUGGAUUGGGAACGGUUGGAGUUCGAGCGCAUGCGAUUCCACAAGGAGCUGCACAUGAAGGAACUCGAAGAAAAGCAGAACGAGCGCAAGUUGCGCCACGAAAAGGAGAUGCGCGAGAAGGACCGGGAGCUGGACCUCGAGAAGGCCAAGAUCGAGCAGGAAAAGUUCAACAAGCUGGUCGACUGCUUGAACCGCGCCCUCGGCCACGUCCCAGUGUCGUCCAACGUCGUCGCCGAUUCCAUUGUGUAAACAUGCCAGUCGACUUUCUUUUUCAUACCCUUUAUAUCUACGUCGUCUCAUCGAGUUACAGUGCCAUUGGAUGGCCAAACUGGAACCUAUGCAUAUGUUGUGC